CAACCGAACAGUGCUGGGUUGCACGUCGGUAAAUGGAACUUAAAACACUAUAGAGGGCAAGGUUGUUCCUCCUGCUUUUAUAUUUACAUGUUAAACUGAAGUAAUAUGUGGGUUGCCAGGCGAUUUGUGUCUUCAGUCGCACAGAGAGGGAAACAUGGCUUAUUCUUGCGUCCACAAGGCUCACUUCCAGAGUUAGAACUCCGAUAUCUGCAAUGCACGUGUUGUUGGAGAAGCCGCAUUCCCGUUGCGGGCUUUGAAACACUAAAUGCCACCCUCUCAUCUUCAAUUCCGUGCGAGGAUGACAAGUCCCUGGACGCCUGCUACUCGCCGGAGCAGCGAGCAGUCAUUCUGCAGUUGCUUAACAGUGCGACCGAAACAGAACUGGCGGGUGUCAAGCUCCUGCGCGGUCGCAAGUGUCAUAAUAUUGUUGAAUACAGGACUAGAAAUGGCCCUUUUCAAAAUUUAGAAAGCGUGAUAAAUGUACCUCUUCUGAAACACAAAAGUGCUCUGAUCGUAUUCGACUCGAUACUAAACCCACAAAAAUCUCAGAAGAAAAAAGUGAAGAUUCAGCUAGCCAAAUUCAUCCGACCAGAGGUUGACAAGUCGUGGCUAGUGAAAGCCAAUUCAAUUGUGUCUAUCGUUUGUGGGAUGAAUAAAAUAGCAUGGGCACAUCUGGACAAAGAUAUGAGUGUGCUGCAUUGGCGGCAAGAAGCAUGCCAUAACUUUAUGACUGGAACCUACUACGCUUCCUCCUACUUGGAUGAUAUCUCCGCAGUGGUAUCCCAACUCCCCCCUGCUGACUUCUAUGUGGUAGAGAAGUCGUCCAUCACUAUGCAGAACACCAACCUGUUCCCCAUCAUGGCCCACAUGCGGACCGUGGAAGCCAUGUUGUUCGCCCUCCUGGAGCCCAAAGCCCCCCACCAGGACCUCGCCACCCCUCCGAAGGUCCUCAACAUGAUGCGGGUCGCCGUGGGCCGCCAUUUUGGCCUGAUGCUGCGCGAGUCGCGCACCAGCGGUUCCCAGUUGGUGCAACAAAUGAUGAGCGAGUCGUCGGUGCAGAAGUCUCCGAGGGUGAAGUUCCCCACGCACCUGCUGGUGAAGUACAGGGACGCGUUCCAGAUGGGGAACACACGAGAGGAGAUGAGCGACGCGCUGCUGCAGGCAGUGGCGUUUUAUGAGCUGCUCAAUGAACCGAGUUAAAAUGGGACCUUUACCUCAGUGCUGGUAGAUUUCACCCCCAAAAAAUCCUUGAUGGGAGAUUUGAAUGGACUAUUUAAAUAUUCUAAAUAUUUGUUCAAAUGUACUCUGGAAUAGAACAAGACUCGUUAUUUACCUUCUGUUUUGGUGCAUUGAUUUUCAAUAUUGUAAAAGACGGAUGUUAUGAAAAGAAUGUUUCACAAAGCCUAUUGCUUUAUCAACAUGUGUUCUACACUGAAAUCUCAGACCUCAGACAUACAUGCCAACUCACAGUACUGUUACAUAAAGAAAAUACUUAAUUUUAUUCACA